ACUCACGCAAAUUUUUUCCUAACGUUAAGCGUGGGCCUUGUGUUGUCUUCGGACCUAAAGUUCACAGGCGGCGACGGCAGCGAAAGGCAAUGGCAGCGAAAGGCAAUGCCCCUCGCUGCAUCGAGCACAGGGCGUACGCUCGUGUGGGGCUUCUGGGUAACCCUAGCGACCUCUACUUCGGCCGCACCAUCUCCUUCUCAAUCGGCAACUUCUGGGCCUCCGUUCGCCUUGAGCCGUCUGAGAAUCUCGUUAUUCGCCCGCAUCCUAAGCAUGACCUCGUCUCCUUUGAUUCCCUACGCCAUUUGGUAUGCAGGUUGCAAAAUGAAGGAUAUUAUGGAGGGGUGCGCUUAUUGAUGGCAAUUUGCAAUGUUUUCUUUAGAUACUGCUCUGAGAAAAAUAUUGAGUUAAAGGAGGGAAAUUUUACUUUGUUCUAUGAUACAAAUAUUCCUCGCCAGGCAGGGCUUUCAGGUUCAAGCGCCAUUGUGUGUGCUGCUCUGAACUGCCUCCUUGAUUUCUAUAAAGUCAGACAUCUUGUAAAAGUACAAAUUAGGCCUGAUCUCAUUCUCAGUGCAGAGAGGGAACUUGGUAUAGUUGCUGGUCUCCAGGACAGAGUAGCACAGGUUUAUGGGGGGCUUGUUUACAUGGAUUUUAGCAAAGAAAAUAUAGAUAAGUUAGGGCAUGGUAUCUACAUUCCUAUGGACAUCGACCUUCUUCCUCCUCUCCACCUAAUCUAUGCAGAAAAUCCAAGUGAUUCCGGGAAGGUACACAGCACAGUCCACAAGAGGUGGCUAGACGGUGAUCAAUUUAUAAUAUCAUCAAUGGAAGAAGUUGCAAAAAUAGCCCUAGAUGGACAUAAAGCCCUGACAGAAAGGAACAACUCAGAACUUGCAAAACUAAUGAAUAGUAAUUUUGAUCUUCGAAGGAAAAUGUUUGGAGAUGAUGUGCUUGGUGCUCUAAAUAUACAGAUGGUUGCGACAGCUAGAGGUGUAGGUGCUGCUGCUAAGUUCACCGGAAGCGGAGGAGCUGUGGUGGUGUUCUGUUCUGAAGGGCCGGAACAGGUCAAGCUUCUUGAGGAUGCUUGCCUGAAAGCUGGUUUUGUUGUGCAGCCCAUUAUAGUCGUUCCCUCUGUUCUUACAGAUGAGGAUCUCCUUAUGAUAUCUAGCUGAAUAGCGCCUUGUAAACUGAUAUGCUUUAUUAUUCUUUCUUCCUGGAGUUCUCAAGCUACUGUUAAAGCCACAGCGUAUCGUUUGUUUUUAGUGAGAUUCACAUACAUACGACUGAAUUCCCAUGUAUUUACAUAUUUAACACAACUUCAAUUUUUACAUACAUGUGGCAUUACCAAUGCAUAAAAAGCUGUACUUCACAUUUAAAAAG